AUGCCCGAGGACAAGAUGCAGGACACAGACCACGUGUGUUCCUACGGAAUGAAACUCAACUGGGACAUCAACGAUCCGCAAAUGCCUCAGGAGCCAGCCCACUUUGACCACUUUCGGGAGUGGCCCAACGGCUACGUGCGCCUCAUCUACAGCAGCGAGGAGAGGAAGGCGCAGCGCCACCUGAGCGGCUGGGCCAUGCGCAACACCAACAACCACCACAGUCACAUCCUCAAGAAAGGUGGGGUGUUACUAAUAUGUCUCCCUCCGAUGUUUGCAGAGAAAGCGUGUCCCAACUGUCAUUCUGCUUUGGAGUUGGUGCCUUGCCGAGGGCAUAGCGGAUACCCUGUGACCAACUUCUGGCGGCUCGAUGGCAACGCAAUAUUUUUUCAGGCCAAGGGAGUUCAUGAUCACCCAAGACCAGAGAGUAAAUCUGAGACGGAAGCUAGAAGAAGUGCCCUCAAGAGGCAGGUGGCCUCUUUGUACCAACUCCAAAAAAAGAGAAUCCCAGGACCAGAGGCAGCAGAGAACCAAGACGGCAGUGAACAUUUCAACAGCACACCUCCCUUGGAAAACCCAGAACUGUUGGAUGCAAUUCCUGACACUGGCUUCUCACUGCUAGGGCAGCCUUGCCCUUCUCCUGUAAACUCUGAUGCUUACAAAGCCAUCUGCGACCUGGCCACCUUUCCAGGAGAUGUGAUGCCACCCUUUCAGAAAUAUCCCAACACAAGGAUCUAUUGGUCCAGGCCACCUUGCAGCUAUGAAUUGACAGGUCCUGGGUACACAAAUUCCAGUCCAUGUCCCGCCCUUUAUAAAGGUCCUACCAGCCUCCCUAAUGACACAGAUUGGCUUCAUCUGAACACACUACAGUACAACGUCAACUCAUACAGUAGCUACGAGAGAAGCUUUGAGUUCCCCAGUACACAGCAUGGCUGGAAAUCAGCACUUGGAGAUCCUGGUCUUGAGGAGAGGACUGACCCCAGAAAGUGCCAGGCCAUGGCCACAUGCCCUUAUUAUAACUCAGAGCUUCCCUGCAGGUACCUCACGACAGUGCCAGCAGGGGCCCCCACCCUGCAGACAGUGAUCACCACCACCACCCAAGUGUCCUACCAGGCCUACCAGUGCCCUUCUCUGAAACACAGUGACAGUGUGCAAGAGGUUAGCAGCCUUUCCAGCUGUAACUAUGCUUUGGAAAAUGUCCCAAUGUCUAUCUGUCCUGAAGCCUUGGACACUCCAGCUGCAGUCACAGGGACAACCUCUCCAGCAGGGAGAAUUCCUCUGAAAAUUCCAGGAGAUUGCCGGACCAUGAGGCCCACACUGGCUUUUCCUCAAGAGGUAGCUCACUCUGGGACAGAUGGAACAGACACAUGGGAUGUGUGUCUGUCUGGGAUGGACUCCGCCGUCAGUUACUUGGAUACAGUGGGGCCAUUCUUUACCUACCACAAUGAGGACUUUUAA